AGGUUAGACAGCCUGCCAGCCAAUAGCCACUCCCCUCAUGACACUAGCUCAACCAACUGGACUGUUGCUCUCUCAGUGUUGCAGCAGGUGAUGACUUCUUAUUUUAUCACAGUCAGUACAUGAAGACUGGCUGUACCGCAGCUUUGGGACAAAUACACCAGGACAACUUUUUAAAAAACACACACACACUCCUACAUGGAGAUUGAAAGCAUGGUGGCAAAUAGUGCUCUUAUUAAAGCCAGAGAAGGCGGAGGGAGUAAAGGACGGAGCUGGAAAUGGAGAGAGAUGUUUCGAUUUGCUCACAUUAGUCAGUGUGCCGACCUGGCCAUGACCAUAGAGCGGGACUACCACAGUCUGUGUGUGAGGCAGCCGAUCGGCAAGGAACUGUUCCGGCUCUUCUGUCGGAGUCGGCCCGACCUGCAGAACUACAUCUCCCUGCAGGACGCUCUGGAAGCCUUCGAGACGAAGUCGGAUGAUUUGAGGGGAGAGUGUGGCUUCAGCAUCAUUCAGAGGUUCUUCAGGACUCAGUCCAUUCAGUGUGUGUCCAUCAUGCUGAGGCACGAACCCAGCUGCGUCCAGAGGCUGGAGCUGGACCCCUGCAUGGACGUCUUCCACGACUGCAGAGAAGACCUACAUAAACACCUCAGUGGCGAGCCCUUCACCCAGUACCAGGACAGCAUGUUUUUUGACCGUUUCGUGCAGUGGAAGAUGUUGGAGAGGCAGCCCAUCACCAAGCAGACCUUUAGACAGUACAGACUUCUGGGGAAAGGAGGGUUCGGAGAGGUGUGGGCGUGUCAGAUGCGAGCCACGGGGAUGAUGUACGCCUGCAAAAAGCUGGAGAAGACUCACGUGAAGAAGAGGAGAGGAGAAGCCAUGGCUCUCAACGAGAAAGAGAUCCUGGAAGGGCUGGACAGUCGAUUCGUGGUGAAUCUGGCGUACGCCUACGAGACAAAGCACGCCCUCUGCAUGGUUCUGACCAUGAUGAGCGGGGGGGACUUGAAGUUUCACAUUCAUAACAUCGGAGAGCCCGGCCUGGACAGAGACCGGGUGCGGUUCUACGCCGCGGAGGUCUGCUGCGGUCUGAUUCACCUCCACCAGAAGUCCAUAUUGUACAGGGACCUGAAACCAGAAAACAUUCUGCUGGACGACAACGGACACAUCCGCAUCUCUGACCUGGGCCUGGCUGUCAGGCUGGCCGAGGGGAAACUAGCGCGAGGCACUGUGGGCACUGUGGGAUACAUGGCUCCCGAGGUGAUCGCCAAAAAGCACUACGGGGUGAGCGUGGACUGGUGGGGCCUCGGGUGCCUGAUUUACGAGAUGACGGCGGGGCAGCCCCCGUACCGGGUCAGAGGAGAACACCCCAAAGCCCCCGAGAUGCAGAGGAGGAUUCGGGCGGAGCAGCUGGAGUACAGCGACCAGUUCAGCCAGGCGGCCAAAGACAUCUGCUCCGCGCUGUUGAACAAGGACCCAAAACAGAGGCUGGGCAGCCAGAGGUCGGGGGGGAAGGACGUGCAGUCGCAUCCUUUCUUUCAAGAAAUCAACUUCCGGAUGCUGGAGGCCGGACUCGUUACUCCUCCUUUCAGACCUGAUCCCAGACAGGUGUACUGCAGCGACGUGCAGGACAUCGAGGAGUUUUCCACCGUGAAGGGAGUCAUUCUGGACAAGACGGACAACGACUUCUACACCAAGUUCAACACAGGACGAGUCCCUAUCGCCUGGCAGAACGAGGUGAUAGAGACCGGGUGUUUCAGGGAGCUGAAUACCUUCGGCCCCGAGGGAUCUAGACCUCCAGACCUCGACUGGUCCCAGAACCCGGAAGGCCCCAAACGCAGCCUGCUGGACCGAAUCUUCCGCAAAAAACACCCUUCAGAUACCCUGAAUGAAAGCAAGCAGCACUUGAUUUCCACUGACAGCUACAUGAAGUCCGGCCUGUACAGCUCCACCCUCUGAGCAUAGACUUUAGCUUCAAAAGACACUAAAACACAUCCGUCGCCCGGAGGAGAGAACCACACUGGACGCAGCUCUGUUCCUCCCUGUAAAUAACAGCUUAGCAUAUGUUUCUCUGUGUUUGUAUUGUUCUCCUUCCUUCCACUCACAUCUACCCUGUAUAAUAAUAAUAGUUUUUUUUAGUUCUUCUUUGAUGAAAAACAUGUAUAAUUGUACAAGCAGCGACGUAUGCAUUAUCAAAAUCUGAUGACGUCAGUCAGUGGCGUUUUAAGUACUUGAAUUUUGUGUUACACUUUACAUGAAGGUAGCUGCACAAUAGUGACAUGACACUUUCGUGAACGUGUCAUAAACAAGUCAUAUCGUUUAGGCCAUAACGCUUCUUUUAUGGUUUGGGUUCAUGUGUCAUGACUGUGUCAUGUCACUUUUAUGUAGAU